AUGACGCCCAUAGAACUAGACCUGCACUCCCAGCCAAAGGAGGAAUAUUUGGGUCCUUAUGGCUCAACAAGGAUUUACGAGAACAAGUUGGGAAUAAGUAUUUGCCAGUACUUCUGGCCAGUUGCACCCGACAAGGAGCCCAAGGGCAUCCUGGUCUUGGCCCAUGGCCACGGUUGUUAUCUCCAGUUUGACUGGCUACGCCCUCAAGGCAUUGGAAAGCCUUGCAUAUACCAGGGAUCAUUUGUGCAGCAGCUGAAUGCAGCAGGUUAUGCCGUCUGUGGUAAUGACAACCGAGGCGCUGGACGGUCCAGUGGAUUGCGGUGCUACUGCGACUCCUUCAAUGACUAUGUCACGGACCUACUGGAUGUAGCUAGGUCCUGCACCUUGUUAGGUAUCAGCAGCUUCCACGACGGACUUCCCAAGUUCGUGUGCGGCAUGUCCAAGGGCGGCGCCGUGGCGCUAACGGCUGCACUCAAGGAGCCGAAUCUGUUCUCCGGCGUCAUCUGCCUGGCGCCCAUGGUCUCCCUGGAGAAGGUCGCCAGGAGGGGCCUAAACCCCUAUCUGAGGCCCCUGGGGAGCUUGCUGAGCUUGCUCAUCCCCCAGAUGCCGCUCCUCACCACCCAUCGCAACACCGUGUUUCCCGACCUGCAGGAGGCGUACGACAUGGAUUCCAACUGCUAUCAUGAAAAGACGCGAGUGCGGAAUGCGCAGGAGUACCUGAAGGCCGCUGAGCGGCUUGUGGCAAACCAGUCCAAGCUGAAGCUGCCGCUGCUGCUCUUCCACUCAGAAGGAGACACACAAACCGAUCCCGAGGGCACCAAGCGGCUGUGGGAGGAGGCGGAGAGCUCCGACAAGACGUUGAUAAAUCCGCCCAACAUGUGGCACAUCCUGAUGAAGGAGCCGGGGCAUGAGCUGACUCGUCAGGCCCUAGGCCUGGGGGACCGGGACUUCCGACCCACCUCCCUGGAAGCGGAGCACCGUGCCUUACAAGAGGCCAGCGUGUACGGCAACCAUCUACACACUCUGGAACGUUCUCUGGCUAAAUGGUCUGCCACCACGGACGAACUCCUCCGGGCCGCGGGUCGCUUCCUGACGGAGGGCCCCCGGCCCCGCCACUUCACCCAGUGGGACCCCUCCGACCCCACCACCCUCACCGCCUCGCCACCCGAGCUGCCGCCCGAGUUCGAGCGGCUCAACCAGCCCUCCAUGCUCCGCCGGCUGGCCGCCGGCACCCCACUGGUGGUGGGUGACAUGGUGCGGCUGGGGCUGGCGGACCCCAUGGCGCUGUGGCUGGCGGCCCUGGAUGCAGCCAAGGAGAGGCUGUCUCGUUUGGAGCACCUUCGUAUUCGGUACGACGCCGCCCGCCGUGUACUGCACAGCGCCGCUCGGGCCCCGGGAGCGGAUGAGCUGGGCGACCCCGCCCACCUUCACCUCAUCCAGCUGGAGGCGGAGAAUGAACCCGUUAUGUCGGAAUUCCGCGAUGCGUACGAGGCUCUGGGCCGGCACCUGCAAUGGCUGGUGGACGAAGCUGCCCGGCUCAAAGCGGCUGUGGUUUCGGAGCUUCAAGAGGUUAACUCCGCUGCCCUGAAGGGGGCUCUGUUGCCGCCCGAGGGGCUGCUGCUCGUCUUCCCCCGGGAUCUGCUGGUACGGCAGGAGGGUACGGAGCGGCCGGAGACGAUUCGCGCCGCUGCCGCGGCGAUCGCCGCUCACCCCGCGAGCCCCGCCGCCGCCGCCGCCAUGACGGAGGCGGCCGUGGAAGCCGCCACCGCCGCUGCCAUCGCGGCAAGCGGCCUGGAUGUGCCGCCGCCGCAACUGGUGAUGCUGGGGCCGGAAGCGCCCGGCGGUGUCGGCGCCGGUGUGGCUACGGAUGCUGCCGUACAGGCGGCGGCGGCGGCGGGCAUGGCGGCGGCGCAGGACUCCGCACUUUCGGCACCAAGGGAGCUGAAGCAGUACGAACGAAUGGAGGAG